AUGACUUUGGGAGCAUUGACAUCUUGUGCACUCUCUCGCCAAUGGCCCAGAGGUGGUGCAUCAAUUUCUCUCACAUACAUUACUGCCGAAAGGAUCAUUCUUAGAUAUGGUGGGGGCAUGAGUUCAGCUAAAGCUGCUCUAGAGAGUGAUACCAAGGUGCUUGCAUUUGAAGCAAGAAGGCGCCACAAGAUUCGAGUUAAUACAAUAUCUGCUAGUCCAUUGAGAAGCCGUGCAGCCAAGGCCAUUGGAUUCAUCGACAUGAUGAUUGACUACUCAUCAGCCAAUGCAGGAUUAUAUCAUGGUGAUUUCCUGGCAACUGCUGAAACUCCAUUAGCUUUUAACAGAAUUAAAUUGCAUUCCCCAACUAGUGAAAUUUUUUUUUUUUUUUUAAAGAAUUUUAUUGCAGUGAGAUGA